CAGUAGAUGCGGAACAUCACCGUCACUGAUUAGUGUUCAUAACAGCGCACUACACACUGAACAUCACUACGCUCAGUCAGCAGUGACAGUCAAUCAUAGCAAACGCUGGAAGGUCUCUUGUGGAUUCAGAAGGAACUUUAACUCAUUUCUCUGGAUGUAGGUGACGUUUUCAUGCGAGUUCUGCCUUACUGACAUACUGAACUACAAUCACUGGUCGACUGCUCUGUUUCCUUCUGGACGCGGGCUGCUGAAUCGGGUCACUGACCUUCAGGCGUUUCAGUGACCAUGGUGGAAAUUCACUUAGGAAAGAAAUGAAUUCUUUCAAUGAAACAUCGCCUGAGACUAACCUGGAGAAUUAUAACUAUAUUUUCGCCGAUGAGACUUACAAACUCCUGACGUUCACCAUCGGAUCUAUCGGUGUCCUGGGCUUCUGUAAUAACAUCAUCGUCAUUAUUCUCUACUUCAGAUUCAAGAGACUCCGAACACCAACUAAUUUGUUAAUAGUGAAUAUAAGUGUCAGCGAUCUGCUGGUGUCCCUCACUGGAGUUAAUUUCACAUUCGUCUCGUGCGUGAAGAGAGAAUGGGUCUUUAAUUCUGCCACAUGUGUUUGGGAUGGAUUCAGCAACAGUUUAUUCGGUAUCGUGUCCAUCAUGACUCUCUCCGGGCUGGCGUAUGAGCGCUACAUCCGUGUGGUUCAUGCCAAGGUCAUUGACUUCCCAUGGGCCUGGAGGGCCAUCACACACAUCUGGCUGUACUCUUUGGCCUGGACUGGAGCUCCUCUCCUGGGAUGGAAUCGCUACACGCUGGAAGUCCAUCAGUUAGGCUGCUCUCUCGACUGGGCGUCUAAAGAUCCCAAUGAUGCUUCCUUCAUUCUUUUCUUCCUCCUCGGAUGCUUCUUUGUCCCUGUGGGUGUCAUGGCCUACUGUUAUGGAAACAUUUUGUAUACAGUGAAAAUGUUGCGCUCUAUCCAGGAUCUGCAGACGGUUCAGACGAUUAAGAUUCUACGCUAUGAGAAGAAAGUGGCGGUGAUGUUCCUGAUGAUGAUUUCUUGUUUCCUGGUGUGCUGGACACCCUAUGCUGUGGUCUCCAUGCUGGAGGCCUUUGGCAGGAAGAGUAUCGUUUCCCCUACGGUUGCCAUCAUUCCCUCUCUCUUCGCCAAAUCCAGCACUGCCUACAACCCCGUCAUCUACGCCUUCAUGAGCAGAAAGUUUCGCAGGUGCAUGUUACAGAUGCUUUGUUCUCGCCUGGCCAGUCUGCAGCACACCAUUAAGGACCGCCCCCUGACCCGCAUCGAACAUCCUGUACGCCCCAUUGUGAUGUCACAUAGCCGCGCCGACCGGCCCAAAAAGAGAGUGACCUUUAACUCUUCCUCCAUCGUAUUCAUCAUCGCUAGCAAUGACACUCAUCCUCUGGACAUCACCACCAAAUGGAAUGAUGUACCAGACAUCGAUGCAAUUCAGGUUCGACCCCUUUGACAUUUGCAGCGGAUACAUUAAAGAAUGGCAUUGAAGUUCAUUAAUAUCACGCUAAUUGAAAGUUUAUAAUAUGCAGAAGAUACAGCAACAUCUCUUUUCAUAAACAUGGAAACAAGGAUUUCUUUAUGCAGCAGUAAUGCAAACUAACUUUUGUGUAAUGAUCAGGACUUGUGUGAAUUAUGUCAUUUGUAACUGCUGUAAGUAUUUAAUGAAAAUGACUUUGAGUUAUUUAUUAUCAAUAACAACUUCUCCUGUUCUCCAUCUCUUCUGACACUGAAACUUCCACCUUCACCCAGUUCCAUGGGAUGGUGAGAUAUCCAGCAGUUUAGGUCGCAAGUCCGUGAGCAGAAUAAAUUAGUGAGUGUGCUCAGAUAGAUUAGGAACACAGUGUUCAUACAAGGACUCUCCUGGAGGACAUUUGUCAAAGGAUGCGGCACCUCAGCCAGACUGUCUGUCAGAUCCACAGCGCCCCCUGGAGAAAAACUUUGUGUCCUUUUGAAACUAAGUCAAGCAUCAUCACUAUUUCUACUGCUCAAUUUUUAGAUUAGGACUUUGUACAAACCCUUAAGUAUUAAACUUUGGUGAGUUUACAUCAA